AUGGCUGUUGUAGACUGCGUCGUUCCGGAGGAGGAGAGCUGGAGAGGAGACUGAGUAGAGCCUCGGAAAUAAGAGAUCAGACAAACACAGCAAGCAGCAUGCCGUUUGGGAUGGUAACGCUUCCCACUGUCCGAUACCAUCAUCACUAAGCACUGAACAAAUCUCCAAAGCGGAGGGUAAUGAUGACAUCACAAAUUCAGACUGAUACAGUGUGAUCCAUCAUUCCUGGCCUGACAUUGACAUGGCAACAGGCAGGAAGGGGUCGACCUCGAAGGGAGGAAGCGUGCGUUUCCCUGACGACGAGGAUGCCAUGGGCUCCCCUGUUCACCGUGAGGACAAAGCCAAGGAUUCAUCCAUCCCUGCUCUCCCAGAGCCUGAUGGGAACUUCCUGGUUAAGGUAGGGUUCCUGAGGAGUCUGCAUCGUUAUGAGAUCGUCUUCACCCUCCCAGAGGUGCCUGUGCUGGGGAAAGAUGUGUGCUCCCUCCCUUCCUCCUCAUCACCAACUCCCAGACCCCUCCUCAAAGUCAACCGUGUCACACCCACACCAGAGGGUGGGGUGAAGGUGACAUGUGAGUACACCACCCACCAGGAGGGGGUGCUGCAGGAGGAGCUGACCCUGGUCAGCCGGGGGAAGAAGGACCAACGUCUGCGGGUCAGACUACAGGCCCGGGUCAUGGAUCGUCACCAUGGUACUCCUAUGCUGCUGGAGGGGGUGCGGUGUCUGGGGGUGGAGAAAGAAAAAAGGAAAUGAGCAAUCUGUCCCUUUAUAACUUCCCCCUCCUGUAGAGACCAGACAUCGUCCGUCCCUUUAUAUCUUCCCCCUCCUGUAGAGACCAGCCAUCGUCCGUCCCUUUAUAUCUUCCCCCUCCUGUAGAGACCAGCCAUCGUCCGUCCCUUUAUAUCUUCCCCCUCCUGUAGAGACCAGCCAUCGUCCGUCCCUUUAUAUCCU